AUGGCGGCAGGGCUGCUUCCGCGUUUUCUGUGCCGGAACCUGACACCGCUGAGUUACGCGCACCCCAUGUUUGCGCCACGGAGCACGCGCCUACUGCGCGUUUUGCAUGCAUGUGGUGUGGGGCGCCCGCUGUGCUCCAAGGCAUCCGGUGUCGAGACGGAAGGGUAG